AUGUCGGUCAAUGCUCAAAUGCAUUUAAGUAAUAACGAAAAGAGCGACAAACCACUGAAGCCCUUAUUUCCUAAACAAGCCGAAUGUUCAUAUGUGUCAUGUUAUUGCGAGGAGAAUGUAUGGAAGCUUUGCCAAGAUGUAUCAUUAAGAGUUCCUGGGGAGUUAGAUAGGUGCUAUAUUGUUUUUAUUUCGAACCCCUGCCGCACCGUGCCUUUGUGGAAACAAAGGGCAGGGCGUGAAGAGGAUCGUCUAGUUAUAUGGGAUUACCAUGUUAUAUUUCUAUACUCAUGGGAUUCUAAGACAUGUCUUGUCUAUGAUUUGGAUUCUGAGCUACCAUUUCCAACAUUCUUUCAUAAAUAUGUCACCGAAACAUUCCGCACUGAUCAAGUAUUAAAGUCAGACUUUCACAGAUUCUUCCGUGUUGUUCCUGCAAAGAAUUUCCUACAACACUUUGCUUCUGAUCGUCGACACAUGAAAAGACCUGAUGGUUCAUGGAUUAAACCACCACCACCAUACCCUGCAAUUUGUACAAGUGUAUCUACACAUAACUUGGACGAAUAUAUCAACAUGGAUCAAGGCUCUGGACCAGGUCAAGUUUUUAAUCUGACUAACUUUGUACAGCGGUUUUAUAAAAUGGAAAAG